UGACACUUUUAGAAGAGAGGAAGAAGUGUUUCUGGUGCGAUUCACGUUCUCAGGCAAGCACGCAAUCAGCUCUCAGCCACAGAAUUGAGAAUAUUGUAUACAGGAUGAACCUAUGGACAAACAAACGGACAUGGUGGCAGUCAGAGAACGGAGUAGAAAAUGUCACCAUUCAGUUAGACUUGGAGGCUGAAUUUCAUUUUACACAUCUCAUAAUAACUUUCAAAACAUUCCGUCCAGCAGCGAUGUUAAUUGAAUAUUCAAACGACUUUGGAAAAACAUGGCAGGUCUAUAGAUAUUUUGCCCAUGACUGUGAUACCUCUUUUCCUGGAGUUUCCAAGGAACCACAAAGAACUUUAACAGAUGUGGUUUGUGACACAAGAUAUUCCUCAGUGGCCCCUGCUACAGGAGGAGAGAUUAUAAUGCGAGUGUUAGCACCAAAUGUACAAAACGUGUACAAUGAUCUGUAUUCACAAGAGGUACAACAUCUGUUAAAAAUGACAAAUUUGAGGAUAAACUUUACAAAACUUCACACAUUGGGUGACGACCUACUGGAUGAUAGACAAGAAAUUCAGGAAAAGUAUUACUAUGCUAUCUACGAGAUGGUGGUGCGAGGUUCAUGUUCUUGUUAUGGACAUGCGUCUCGUUGUCUCCCUCAAGAGGGUGUUGCGUCCAAGGCAGGCAUGGUUUAUGGUCAGUGUGAAUGCACUCACAACACUAAAGGAUUAAACUGUGAACAAUGUGAAGAUUUCUACAAUGAUCUACCUUGGAAACCUGCAGGAAUAGAAACCAAUGCUUGUAGACGAUGUAACUGCAACAACCACGCUACUAGUUGUCACUUUGACGCAGCAGUGUUUGAGCUGACUGGACGUGUGAGUGGUGGUGUGUGUGAUGAUUGCCAACACAACACCAUGGGACGAAACUGUGAACAAUGCAAGCAGUUUUUCUACAGGGAACCUAGUCUGGAAUUCUCUGAUCCCAACGUUUGCCAGCGUGACUCUCGCCAAGACUGUAUCUUGCCACCACAUCCCUCCCAUGGUCGUCAUGUACCUUACGACCUCGACUGCCCGAAGGGAUCACAAACCGCGGAAUGCCAAGGAGUGCCCGGGACCUCGGUACACGAGGGUUGGACUCUCUUCAUCAAAUGCGAUAUUGGAUACAAGGCUCACAACAACGCUAGUGACAUUCCUAUAGUGUGUAGUGGAGGUGACUGGAGUCCUCCACUCUCUUAUUGUGUUGACAUAGAACAGCAAAGCCAGGGUAAUUGUGAGUUACCCAGUCCUCCCACCUAUGGCUCGUACAAGACUCUAGCAGUAGAGUGCGGCUUGAACAAUACCACCCUCACUCCAGCUGUCGGCAGUCUCGUGCCCCUGGCCUGCGUUCUGGUGUACAACUGCGAUUCCGGCUUCACGCUGACACAGUCUGACUAUCAGUCACUCUCUAUCUGCUACAACAGCGCUUGGCACCCUCCGCCUCACACUUUCUCCUGUUCAGAUAAUGCGCUGCCACCAACUGAACCAUCUACAAGUAAGCCAGUGUCCCCCGGAUGUGCCUUACCUCCUGGUCCAACGACCCGGAAGUACUGCCCCUUCCGGUGUAAAGACUGCAGUUCGCUCCCUAACGGAAACUGCUCCUACCUUCCUGGCGCCAUUGUGAACGACGUCGCCCUCAAGGUUCAGUGCCAACAGGGCUACGGUCUCCCAGACAACCCAGAGUAUAUCGCCAUUGUCUGCCUAGAUGGUAGCUGGUUCCCACAGAUACCGGACUGCCAGAGGCUGUGUCCGCCAUUGGAGUCAGACUCAGUAUAUCCGCAUUGCGUGUACGGCAACACAAGAGUGGACUGCAGCAAGCCAAUGUUGCCCGACACCACGGCCGUGUACCAGUGUCGGCCCAGCUACUCAGAGUAUCCUAGUCUGACCGCCGCUGGAGUCUACAAGCGUACUUUGACUUGCCAGCAGAAUGGAAGGUGGUCCUAUGUGUUACCAGAGUGUAAACCAGACUGUGGCGUUUCUAAAGGCAGUGAUGUUAUAAUCCCGACAAUUGUGGAUGGGAAGGACACUCCCCUUGGAGUAUUCCCUUGGCAUGUGGGCCUUUACACAAGACGUGAUGGCACAUGGAAUCAUAUCUGUGGCGGGAGCUUGAUAUCAAGACGCUUAGUAUUAACAGCUGCGCAUUGUGUUAUUAUCCUGGAGCCGAGAGAUCUACGAGUAUCUUUGGGGAAGUACUACCGGUCCUGGGAUAGACACGAAGAGUUCGCUGUGACCCGCAAUGUUUCCCUCAUACGUCUCCCACCUGAAUAUCAGGGAGCUGUUACCACAUACGCUUGGGACAUCGCCUUGGUCCUGCUCGAGAAAAAGGUGCAAGUCACAAGCUUCGUGAUGCCUGUCUGUAGAGAUGUCACCAUGCGCUUCGAUAUCACCAAGAACGUAACAGGAUAUGUAGUAGGAUGGGGAAAAACAGAUUCGCAUGGCAGUGAGAGUGAGACUCUAUUAAGCAACACCUUGACAGUACUUGACAACGCGGUUUGUCGCAGAAGAUUGCCUCAAAUUUUGGCAUUCGACAAAUUCUGCGGGAAUAAAGACGCAGUGUCUGUAGCAGAGAAUGGUGAUAGUGGUGGUGGAAUGACAGCGGUCUUCGGUCUUCACUAUAUAUUCGGCAUCGUCAGUGUAAAACAUAAUAACCUCACAGUGAUCACUAACAUAUCCUUGUCUGUAGCAGAGAAGGGUGAUAGUGGUGGUGGAAUGACAGCGGUCUUCGGUGGUCUUCACUAUAUAUUCGGCAUCUUGUCUGUAGCAGAGAAGGGUGAUAGUGGUGGUGGAAUGACAGCGGUCUUCGGUGGUCUUCACUAUAUAUUCGGCAUCGUCAGUGUAAAACAUAACAACCUCACAGUGUUCACUAACAUUUCCUGGACCGCACACAGACAGUGCACCAUCUGCGACCUGAAGUGCUACGUCAGCAAGGAGAUGCGCCAAGGUCUGUCGGUAACCGGCUCCACCAUUGCCAAGGUCACGGACCAGGAAGACAGCCUCAGAUGCUCCUACCAGGACUGUGUACUACCCGUGCACCCGACCCACGGAAAGCACGUACCUUUCGAACUGGACUGUCCCGCAGGCACGCAAACCGCAGCGUGCCAGGGAGAGCCUGGCACCACGGUUCCCGACGGCUGGUUUCUGUUCGUGGUCUGCGACCAGGGCUUCGUCCUGGACAAUGGAGAACAAGGCAACAGUCAGACCACUUGUGCGGACGGUCGCUGGUUGCCGUCGCUCCCAUCUUGUGUCUAUAAUUUUACCGGAGACCACCACAGGUGUGCGGCACCUCCCUACCCCCAGAACGGCAAGUACAAACCUCUGCCGAUAGAGUGUGCUAUGAACAACAAAGAUGCAGAAGAUUAUCUACUUCCUGGCACGUUUGUCCCUUCCUCCUGCGUUCUGCUGUACUCGUGUAACAAGGGGUAUGAGCUGUCAGAUGAGGACGUCAUAUCGAUUUGUGUCAAGGGCGAAUGGAUUCCUAAUACAGUCACCUGCAAUAAAGGUUCAACUCUUGUGGCAACAAGAACGAACAAUGUCAGAGAUCCAUCAGGCAAAGGGUGUGUCUUGCCAAAACAGCCCCAGAACAGAAGAUAUUGCUCAUUCCAGUGCAAGGACUGCACCAACCAGUACAACAGAUGUGCCUACUCGCCAGGAAGUCUAGUAACUGACUUUGUGAUCAAAGUGCAAUGUCACUACGGGUACGGGCUGGCGAACCACCAAGACUACGCUGAUAUCGUCUGUGUCAACGGGACUUGGAAUACUGAAUUCCCUCGUUGUCUAAAGCUGUGUCCGCCAUUGGAAUCAGACUCUGUAUAUCCGCGUUGCAUGUACGGCAACACAAGAGUGGACUGCAGCAAGCCAAUGUUGCCCGACACCACGGCCGUGUACCAGUGUCGGCCCAGCUACUCAGAGUAUCCUAGUCUGACCGCCGCUGGAGUCUACAAGCGCACUUUGACUUGCCGGCAGAACGGAAGGUGGUCCAAUACACUACCGGAAUGCGAACCAGUUUGCGGAGUGUCCAAAGGAGGUGUAACAAUCUCGCCAACCGUAGUUGACGGAAUUGACACACCCUUGGGCGCUUUCCCAUGGCACGCCGGCUUGUACACGAAGGAUGGAGACAAUUGGCAAUGCAUAUGUGGAGGAACCUUAAUAAGUAAUCGCAUAGUAUUGACCGCCGCCCAUUGCGUGGUGCUGGAGGAACCAAAGGAUCUGAAAGUCGGGCUGGGGAAAUACUACAGGUCCUGGGACUACGAAGAGCCAUUUGCAGUCAAAUGUAAUGUGUCUGACAUCCGUAUCCCGAUAGAGUACAACGGCGCUGCGACUACAUACGUGUGGGAUAUAGCUUUGAUCUUACUGACAGAGAAGGUGCAAGUAAAUAGUUUCGUCAUGCCAGUCUGCAGAGAUAUCCAUAUGACCUUGGAAAUCACCGAGGACACUACUGGAUAUGUGGUAGGUUGGGGCAAGACAAAGGCCGAUGGGAAGGAAAGUGAUGUUCUACUUCAUAAUGAUCUUACCAUCAUAGACCACACUGUCUGCUCCAGGAAAAUUCCUAAAAUACUGUCCAUCGACAAGUUUUGUGGAGCGAAGGGUUCAGUUUCCAUAGCUGAGAAAGGUGACAGCGGCGGAGGACUGACUACUAUAUCCAAUGAUCUCCACUACAUCAUUGGAAUCGUUAGUGUUAAAAUUGAUAAUUUGUCGCUCUUUACCAAUGUUUCCUGGCCUACUCACUAUAGUUGGCUUGAAAAUGAAAUAAAUAGUUUUGAUAAAGAAAUUUAUCGUGGUGAAAAAUAAGCGAAA